GGUAUACUGGUUCCUCCACUCGGAUUUGUCCAAAAUCUCCCCAUUCCCCCAAUCCCCUCAAUAUGUCUACAUAAGAAUUACAUAUGUAUGUCUAAGAACUAAAACUAAAACGCAUCUGCCUGCCGAAUUGCUCAAUUAAAACGCCAAGAAUAUACCAGCCGUGUCUUAUCGACAUAUUUUGGCAUAUUUCGCGGACGGGAGGGUGUAAUAAUCUCCCUGCGCUACGAUGGGUUGGGUACUCGUGAUCUCACCGCCGCCUCGCUAUUGGCCAAUCUGCCUACAUCCUUCACAUGUCGACUUGCUUAUGGUUGCUUCGACAACGAGCUAGCCCUACUGAUCAGCGAGGGGUAGCUCAGAGCCUUGCACGCGAUACAACUCUCUUGCUGAAUUACAUACGAUAGCUACGAAAACCCGGAAUUUCCCAGGCGAGCGCUGAGGCUUGUUCUACGGACCUCGUGAUUUGAUCUUGGGGAGCCCUCGCUCGGCCUUUUAUAUAUUUGUUCAGGGCCUUCUUUUCUAAGAUCGAAUUUCAACCUUCCAGCCAGCCAGCUAACUUGAGCCUGUUGUGAAUUCCAUCUCGUUGAUACGGCUAAGAGGGUAUAUACGCUACGAAUAGCUUGGAAGACGGUUAGAAAUGGAGACCAUAUUAAAGCGUGGGGCUUCGUUUCCGAAUUGGACUCAAACUCCCUUCCCGAGUGUCACACUCUCGGCAUCAGGUCUCCUCGCGCUUGCGGACCUCGGAACCAUCGCCAAGCGCACGCAGAUCGUAGGAGGCUCGUCGUGGCUCGAUGCCUUGCUUCUUGCUCCCGGCCUGCACUACCAGCAGGCCGCCGACGCGAUCGCCGGUAGGACCGAGUCGUACAGCGCCGUUGAGUUUUAUGAGGGCCAGACGUCGACGCAUAAUAUCACCAAUACCGCCACCCAGCGCUACCUAGAACGUGUGGGUAUGGUCGGGCAAAGGGUCACCGUAGACGUAGGCAUGAUGCCCGAGCGCAACUACUACUUCCCGAGUGGUCGGCGGCAAGCUCGUGGCCAGCGAGCUACUAUCUGGCAGGACCAAGGCGCCGACUUAGGUUGGGUCUCGCACGUAUUAUACCUCAUGAGCCCCGCGCUUACCGUAACCGCAUUCGUAUUCAUGAUCCUGCUCCAGGAAUGGUGGGGCGUAGCGUCCCUCCUCGCACUCAUGCUAUCCCGCGUCCUUAAUAUUUGGGUUAUCAAGCAGCGGUCCGAGCCUCCCGUAGCUCCACCGCCAAAACCCGAUGUGAGCAGCUUGUUGACGGAGUACCUCGUAGAUCUAGGUCAAGGCAGAUCUGUGUGUCUGCGUGGCGUGGCCGAGGACCUGCAGGCCAUCACCACGACAUCGUGGCUGCGCGCAAAGACGCAUCUGGACGGUUACCUCGAGGCGGCUGCUAAGCUGAUCGUGUACAUGGUGGCCUCUUUCAGCGGCAACAUGACGCAGGUCGGUUCCAUUAUCUUCAUGCUGCUGCUGCUCAUCACGGCUGGGUUGCUGGGACUCAGUAACGCACACGCGAAAACGUUCCGCAUGCACGGGCGUCUGGCUACGCCUACCGUUGAUAGCCUACCUCAAGGCCCUGGUAAGUCUGUCGCUACGCCGUAUCCGCCUAGCGACUCGGAUAGCAAGGGCGGUAGCUUCUUCUGGCCGCCUACGACGACGAGGUCGUCGAGCGGGUUCACGGGGAUGAAUGAUUUCGCGGAGAAAGGACAGGUUGGCGGUGUGUUGAGGGAUAGGUAUCCUUUUGAUGAUACGACGGAUUACAGGUGAUGCAUGAUUGUUUAGGUACCUACCUACCCAGGUAGGCCGGGCAGCUUGCUUGUAUUUUGGUACGACGGGAAGCGAAGCGAAGGAUACCUAUUGUUAGGCAUAUGAUUGGAGUAACAUGGUUGCGAGGCACGUGGCGAGGCACGUUGUAUUUUGAUUAUGAGCAUUGCAUAAUAGGAGAUAGGCUUGCAUAUUGUGUAAUCUAACUUCCUUUACCAUGUGGGAGUCCGGCAGUGGUAUUGGCAAGGUGUGCUCUUGAUUACAUAGUAGUAUUGUAUAUGUCAACUACCUAUAAUAUUGGA